AUGAGGGAUGCCCAAGCGAACGCAUCGGAAAUCUGCACGCUGGGUGAGAUAAAAUCCCAUUUUGAAUCGAAGAAAUUUGAACAUGUACUUAAUUUAACGAAGAAAAUUUACUCCACUGAGGAGUGGGAUGAGUACACGCUGAGGGCUAGAUACUACUGUCUGAUUGAGAAGGGAGAAUUUAAAAAAUUGUUGUAUGAAAUUAUGCACAUGUUGGUUGAAGGUGAUGGAGCGAAGAAGUCUGCAAAGUGUGGAAAAGGUUCCUCCCUGGAUGGUAACAAAGGGAAAAAAACAUUUAAGGAUCUGUUCCAAGUAAGCUAUGAAUGUAUUAAGAAGAAAAACGUUUUAUUCGAGUUGUUCUAUUGUAUGUAUAAAUUGAAAAUGCUGAAAAAACUGAACGGGUGUAUGAAAUACGUAAUUGAGAAGGAAAAUAGUUUAGCACAAUUUAUGGAUGUACUCCUAGCAGAGGUAAAUUUCAGAUUACACCAUUUCGAAGCGUCCAUUGCUUGGUACGAAAAUUUAUUAGAGAGCCAAAAUGGCAAGCAGGUAGUGGCGGCUUCCACUAAUGUCAAUAGCGGUUACUUCUCCUUGUACUUCAAGCUGCUAUAUGAGUAUAAUUUUUUGCGAAGUGUUAACUCCAGAGUGAGUUCUGAUAAGGCGAAACAGAAAGACAUCGAAGAGGUGAAAAACCAAAUCCUAACGAAUACGGAUGGUUUUAAGUACGAUGAGGAAAGGGAUAAUUUUGAACAAAUAUUUAAUUAUGCUACUUUUUUUAUAAUUGAAAAGAAUUAUCCUGAGGCGAUAAAAUUCCUCGAUUUGGCAGAUGCCAUUUGUAGGAGCACCUUUGUUGGGGGAAGCGCAUCCGACUGUGGUGUUGCUGAUGCUGCAGAGGAAGUGGAACAGGAAGAGGGUGACGACGUGGAUGAUGGAAAGGAUAAUCGAGAGAGCCACGUGGAACAAGGAAAAAAACGUUUGAGUAAUCACAGCGUGAAAAAUUCCCUCUCGCUAGAGGGUAUACUAAUGAACAAACAGAUGCUUGUGCAGUUACAGAGAGCCUACGUGUACUCCAAGUCAAAUCGUCUGAAGGAUGCCAUAGCGAUAUAUGAAAAUGUCUUGGAAAGCUACGCGGAAAAUUCGCAGAAGGGAGAUACCGAAAGUACUGAGAGUCUCAUCCCUCUGGUGGCGUACAAUAACUACCUCGCCCUGAGGCAUAAUUAUGAAGGUGAAAGUGUUCGCCAUUUGAAGCCCAAAGGGAAGAGCACGCCAGGAUCGGGAAUUCCCUCAUCUGGACAAGUUGCAUCCGCAUCGCCUCCCAUGUUCACCCUGACUCAAGAAAAACUAAACAAAAUUAAAAGCGACCUACGAAUGAACAAAUAUUCCUCCCAAAAGGAUGAAAGCCAAUUUAUGAAGUCCAUAGCGCUCUUUAACGAAUGCAUAAGUAGUCUGAAAAACGACCAAAAGGAUGAAUUCAAAUCAAAGUUGAAAAGUUUUACGAUACGUUUUGGAAAUUCUAUUCUCCUAGAUAAAUUAAUAGCUCUCUUUUUAAAAAGCGAAAAUGCAUACAUCAAAUGUAAGCACCAUCUGUUGAAGAACAUCCAUCUGAUGUACUCUCAUCAGAACAAAAUCAAAUUCCUCAACGCGUACUUAUCUUUAUGUUAUGAAAAAAAAAGUUUUACAGAAAUUGUAAAAAUGUAUUGGAAGUAUGAAUAUGUAUUCAAGAUGGAUAUCCAUCAUUAUAGUACUUUUUUUUCGAACUUAUUUUAUGUUUAUAUAUGUGCUCCUUAUGGAGGGGAAUCGCGUCCUUUGAUGGGAAAGAAUAAUUCCUCCAUUACCACCGAUGGUACUAUCACCCCGCAUAACCUCUCACUUGUUAUCGAUCUUUUCAAUAAAUACAAACAAGCCAUCAAGGCAGAUAUCAGAAUUGUUAAUUACGAGACCGUUUUUCUAGUAAGCAAAUAUUUACUACAUCAUGGGAAAGAAGAAUUACUCACAGAUCUCUUUGAUCAUUUGUCCAAACACGUUAAGAACGAUUUUCAUUUUUUUUCUUGUUUCACUUAUAUAUAUACCUUUAUUAAUAUGGAACUUACACGUAAGUAUGAAGAUAAAUUGAAGAAAGCUGUCCUGACCGAAACUUAUCUUAUUGAUGUAGAGGAUCUUGAGAAUAAAAAUAUCACUCUGGGUUUUUCCUCCUCCAUGGGUUCUACUAUUAUGCCUGGUGAUGCAAAUCUCCCUAAGGGUUCCUUGUCCACAGUCCCCAUCGAUAGAAACAAGAAAAAAAGAAAGAGAUCAAAGAAAGUGAAGAAUAAAAAGGAAGGGAUGGGUGACCACGCUGGUUAUGAUCCAGAGAAGUGGCUCCCGAAACAUGAGAAAACCGGCUUUAAGAAAUCCAAGAAGAAGAAACAGAAAACAGCUGAGGCCUCCCCCAAACCGAAGGUGGUGAUCGUGGAGGAGCCAAAAAACAACCCAAGCGCUUCUUCCAAACUGCAAGGUUUGAAAAAACGUCGUAAAAAGUGA